UCCAGACAGUUCUAAAUAAAAAUGGCAGAACUAUUAAAAAGCAGUCAAAUAUGUGUGCCGGGGGAACGUCUCGCAAGUGCUGAACACCAUCGGGCAGGAUUUGGAACUUAUGUAAAACGAGGAUAUAUAUUUGCAUCAUUAGCUGGUAUGGUUCGGAGCGAACAAAAUGACAAGGAUAUAAUUACUGUAUCUGUGCGAUCCAAACACCAUCAACAACUUCUCCCACAAAUCGAUUCUAUAGUCACUUGUAAAGUCACGGGAAUCAGCAGUCGCUUUGCAAAAUGUUUAAUUACAGCCGUUAAUAACGCAAGGUUAUCCGAGCCAUUGCGAGGCAUCAUAAGACGUGAGGACGUACGUGCAAAGGACAUUGAAAAAGUUGAAAUUCCAAAAUGUUUUCGUCCCAGUGAUGUAGUUUUAGCAAAAGUUUUGUCACUAGGGGAUGCAUCGUCUUAUUUGUUAACUACAGCGGAAAAUGGACUCGGUGUUGUUCUUGCUCGUAGUGAAGCCGGAGAACUGAUGUUGCCUAUCAGUUGGCAAGAAAUGCAAUGUCCUGUUUCAUAUGUAAAAGAAUCUCGUAAAGUUGCAAGACCACAGGAACAUUAUUUAAAACAAUAAGUUGUAGAUUCUGGUAAAACACCACUGUUUGUUUCACUGUCCUUUCAGUGAAAAUAGGUGAUGUUUCAGAAAGGGAUUUUUCAUUCCCAUUUGACAAUAUUGCUUUCUGCAAAGUCAACUAUUCCCAUUAUGUCGGUUAGAAAUGGUUUGCACCUCUGAUAAAAAAAUUAUUACUGACAUUUCGAUAUAAAUUCUUUCCUUAUUAGAACAUUCUUUGUUAUUGCGUAUUCUAUCGUAUCGUUUGAUAAAAAGUGCUGCAGCUAUUUACUUGGUUGGUUCUGAAUAUUGGAACUAUAAUUUUGCAGUUAAAUUUAUCAAACUUCGUUUAGAUGUGUAAUUUUCAAACUUGCCUAUUCUACUAAGUAUAAAAUCUUAGUUUAAGUUACAAAUAACAUAAUAAAAAUGUGUGUAUUUAUUUCCCAUGGAUAUGCACAUGUUGCUCCGAAAUUUACUAUUUUUUGUGCCAUUCCCAGUAACACACUAUUUUUGGUUGUCCUUAUUAUCACUAUUUUCGAUUUAUAUUGAAAUUUUGGCAUCUGAUUAUCAAAAAAAAUUAAUGAGGAAAUGUUAAUCAAAAUGGGUGGUUUUAAUUAAAACAAUAUUUA